CAAGUGAAUGAGCAGAGAUUGCUAUGUAGUUCUAUACACCUAUCACUCUCAUGAUAAGAAAGAAGAUUAUUACCUGUGCUGGUGGAUUGUAAAGGAUAGUGUUGAGGUAAACUAUUGUCAGUUGAAUAAGAGAAUCUUUCCACGGCGUGUCACUCAAAGUCAACAACAAACCCGCUCACCAAUCGCUCGCCCUCCGCGCCGUCUCCGCCCCCAAGCCCCUCACCGUCGUCGCCUCCUCCAAGAAGGUCGUCGCUGUACUCAAAGGCACCUCCAAUGUCGAAGGCGUCGUCACUCUCACACAAGACGGCGAUGGUCCUACCACUGUGAAAGUUCGUAUAACUGGGCUUACUCCUGGACCUCAUGGAUUUCAUCUUGUGAGUAUUUAGUUAAAACAUAACAGCUAGUAUGUUAA